AUGGGCGCUAGCUUGGUUUUGUGUUUCUUUCUCUUGUACAUAUAUCCAUUCCGUAUACCUCUGGGAUCAGACUCCCCUAUAUCUCAAAUCCAAUCCUGCGCACCUCUCCUCAUAAUUUACCAUCGUAGACAAGAUAGAAAAGAAUUGUAUAGCUCGAAAGUUGAAAAGUCCGAGGCCAAGUCAACGAAGUAG